GUCAUCGCCGGUGCUACACAUAUUUGACAGUUGGCAUUAAUUUCGAUUUUGUCCUUUUAAAAUGCGUGUAUGUGCUUUAAACGUGUGCAGAAAUUACAAAGGUCGACUAAAAACGACACACAAGGUCACCUACCAUCUGAUACCGAAUGAUCCCAUUAUAAGAAGCAAAUGGGUAGAAAUAAUUAGAAAAAGCCGUGGAGAGGACUACUGGAAACCAGCAAAAUCCACAGUGAUCUGCUCUGAUCAUUUCCACCACAAAGAUCUAUAUUACACAAAAAAUCAGACAGGACUCCGAAGACUGAAAAAGGGAGUGUUACCGAGCAAAGCAUUAUUUGUAUUACCAGCUAAGUCUGAAGAAAGCGCUAGCUCUGGCGAAGAAGCAGAAGCAAUAAGUGAAGGAUUUAGCAAACAGCCGGUUAGUUAGGCCUACAAUUAAUUACAUUGA